UUUGUUUGCACACAAUGUAAUGUCACGCCAAGUCGAUAAGCAGACCUACCUAUUCGAUAUACUCGUCCAUAUCAGACAUUCGGAGACCGACAACCAUCUAGACACACUCCUCUCUCAGGAACCAAUAUCCAGACACACGUUUUUCUCACGAACCGAUAUCACCCCUUAAUAUGGAUGUAAUUAUCCCCUCCCGGCGAUCUUCUACAGACUCCAUUUCAGAUGGUAAAAGUCUGCCAUUCCGUUCGAAGGGAAAGCAAAUUUCAAAGGACAAAAUUUGGGAAGAAAUGGACCGGAAGUAUAACCUUACGAAACGGAAGCACACAGCUGUUAACAAACUCAAGCAAAUCAACAAGGUUGCUAGAACCAACCUGGAAUGUCAGCUCAAUACUAUGAAAACAAGCUUCGCUAAAAGGGAAAGGCAGAUGGUCAAGGAAAAACGCGCCAUAGAGGAAGAACUGACAUUGAUCAAAGUCGACCGGAAGUUACCACCAAUUCGAAAUCAAGAUCCGGAAAGUGAUUUGCCAAUGAGUCCAGUGGCUCGUUCAGAAUCGGACGAGUUUGUUAUCCCUGUAUUAAAAUGCGAUGAGUGUAGAUUUGGAAUAUCCAAGAGAAGGUGUAAGAAUUUUCCAUGUUUUUUGCCAAAAACGUACACAAGUAUUGGCUAUCAGAUGACGUCACGGUCCUACUCGUCACUCCCGAACUAUAAAGAAAUGUUGGGAUACAGCCAGGGACUACGUCCGCCUACGCGAGCUAAACAGACCCGUAUAACGCCUGAACAAGAACAUGAAGUUGUAAACAAACACAAAACACCGCGUGUUUCCGUGGAGGAUCGGGAACGUGGUCUCCGACAGCUUGUAAAGGAGAUGCGAGAGAAAAAUGUGAAAAACAAGCCACGAGAAUGGGCCGUAAAUUAUGGCAAGCCGCUCCCUCGUCGGACUAUCCUCAAACCUAUUCUACUUUCCUCCAAUGUGGUUUUUUAGACUACAAUAAACAGUUUUCCCUGUCUGUGAUACAACAGCGCUAAGAGGAUAAUGACUAUUAGUAGAUCACCUGGGUAUGCUAACAGGAAGAUCUUAGGAAACAGGAAGUGCGUCAGAUGUAUAACUAUCGCUUACUACCUUUCUGUUGUAAUAAACAAUGUGACGCUAGACGUUGAGGAAAACCAACCUCAAUAUUAUUUUUCUCUAUUAAUGUAUGUCGAGCAGUUGUCACAGUAAAUUAUAAAGGUAUGUUUAUCGCU